UCAUCUUCAUCCACUCUACCGGAAAAAUGUAUGAUCUGUAAUCGGACCGCACAUGGAUUUCAUUGUGAUGUUGCCACAUGUAAGGGAUGUAAAACAUUCUUCCGCCGGCAAUUGCUAUCCGGAGAAGAAGCAAAAUGCGUUUUGAGAAAAGAUUGCUAUGAUUUAACCAAGAGAAGAGAACCUCUGUUCCGUUGUCGGCCUUGCCGAUUUCAGAAGUGCAUUUUCGUUGGUAUGAACCCGUUGGCAUUAAACUUCCAGGCCCGAACUACUGCACCAAACUGUGAAGAAAAUAGUUUCAAAACUACUGAAAAUUUAAUCCAUGACGUUGUUGGAAUGCUGCUGCAUUUGGAAUCAAAAGUAGAGAAAUUCCGAAAAUGCUCCUACAAUCCUGACUGGAAGGAAAUCGACAAACUUCAGAGUUUGCUUAGCAGUACCAAUAAGCUAAGUAUGGCAGACAGCUAUGGGGUAACUAAAGAAAACAUUUAUAAACUACUGAAGACGUUUCAGGAGAUUACUGGUUGGCCUAUCAAGAGUGAUUCCCAGUUGACAUUACGUCAUCGGUGUUUUUGUAGCAAACACUGGUGGUUUUUCAAUUUGCUCACUUUAACAGAAUACGUUCGAACAUUCUGGUUCUUCGACAGUCUGGACCUUCAGGAUCAGUUGCUUUUGAUUAGACACGCCGUAGUUGGGAUAACGCUUUUUCAUAUAUCUUAUUUUACAAUUCAAAGGAGUUGUCAAUAUCUCAACCCGAUGGAUCACAACACCCACACAAUACAUUAUAAAAUAGUCUCCAUGCUUGUCGAUCCAAUGUAUCGGUUGAAAAUUCAAAAUGAAGAGUCUUUGCUGUUGAAAUUGUUGUUUGUUUGUAAUCCAGUCAUUUCCGGUUUGUCCAAAUCUGCUCAAGUACUUUUGGACAAAGAACGAUGUCGGACCUCUAAAAUCCUUUUUGACUAUUGUCUUCGGAAUAAAAACUGCGGACCAGCUAGAUAUGUGGAACUUAUUGGACUUUUGGGAGUUGUGGAAGUUCAGCAGAAAAAGUUGAAAGACAUUUACUUGUAUUCAUUUGGACCUCUUCUGGCAAAACUUCCGAAAGAAUGCACCAUUGCUUUCGUUGACGAUAUUUUU